CUACGGCAUGGCUGUAUCUAGUCAAUCAGAAGUGCAAUCCUUGACCAACAGGCCAGUCGUGGACGAGAAGGGUUCAUCCGAGAAGGUCUCAAGUUUCGAUGAGCAGUCUGUGGGCUCCAGAAAUCGAAAGCCAAAGUUACCCGUCGGAUGGCGGAUACUCAUUCUCGUCCUGACUUGCUUGUGCAGCUUUGGUAAUCAUUGGAGUAAUGGUUUGAUUGUAGCACUGAAGACCACAAUUAUCAAGGAGACGCACAUCAAUAAUUCGCAGUUCGCGACUUUGGUUGCAGUAACCAACUUGGUUAAUACUUUCCUAUGCGUCGCUCUCGGGUUCUGUAUCGACAAGUGGGGAGGUCCUCUCCUCUCUGCCAUCCUCGCCUCUUUCCAUAUGGGUGGCGCUAUUGUUAUGGCUGGCGCUGCGACGAACAACUUGAAUAGUUAUCCACUGCUCAUUGUUGGAAAGGUAAUCGCCGCUAUUGGAGAUGGCUCGUUGGACAAUGCACAGCACAGGAUCUUCUCCACCUAUUUCGCUCGUGGCGGGGGUUUCGCUUUCUCAAUUGGUGCUAUCUGGGGAGUUGCGAACCUUGCUCAAUUCACUGGUCAAUCGACAGCAAACAUUAUUGCGACCAAUCUCGGCACCUACGCAUGGGCGCUCUGGAUAUCAGCUGUUAUUGCAGGUUUCUCGGUGGCCUGCGCGCUCGCUGUUAUCUUCCUUGAUAAGUGGCUUUGCAAGACCUACGAAGUAACCGACCAGACGGACGGACAAAAUCUCAAGAGCCAUACCCGAAAGGGCGUUUUCAGUAUUACGGCAAUCAGACAUCUCCCAUUGACAUUUUGGAUCGUCGUACUCUUUGCUAUCUUCGAGAAUGCUGGUGUGCAAUCUUUCGUAUCUAUCUCAACGCAAUUCGCACAGCAAAGGUUGAAGAAAGGCGCGGUCAUUGGUGGAUGGGUCUCAAGUUUUUACCUUUUGCUCCCAGCAUGCUUGACACCCUUCCUGGGUAUAUUCAUUGAUGUCUAUGGCCAGCGAGUGUCAUUCUUGUUCGCUUCUGGCGUGACUUUCUUGAUUUCUAUGCUGCUCUUGAAGUUCUCGCAUACAGUUCCGACGUUUGUGGCUGCGUAUAUUUUCUACGCAAUGUCUCAGUGUGUUACUCCGGCGCCCCAAGUAGAAAUUGUCAGGAGUGUCAUAUCUGAUCCCCAAUGGUUUGCCACGGCAUUUGCCAUCAAGAAAUCCGUCGUCCAAGCUUCUAUCGUCAUCAUCACAACAGCAGCUGGAAAGCUGCAAGAUGACACCCCAAGCGACUCGCUAGACCCUGCUGUGACUUUAUGGCUUGUCUACGCAUUCCUCUCUGUUGCUGUCUCGGGAGUUCUACUCCUACUUUCAAGGACGACCCUGCUACCUGCUGCGCGUCUAUCGCAAGUACAGCCAAGACUGCUUGAUGACGAAGUGGAACGUCUCAUGCGUAAGAAAGGGUUGGAAAAAUUGGCGAGUGGAGAUAUGAAGCAGGAAGAGAAACGGCUGAAGUCACCUGUCCCGGGUCGCGAGGGCGUGCGUUGGCUCUUCCUUGCUGCGUCUGUCGGAAUUAUUUUCAUUGGAUGGACCAUGUUCGGUCUGGGCGUCGGGUGGGGCGUUCACGGAAACGUCAUUGCGGGAACUACUGGAGAAUGAUUGCCUUUUAGUGUGAAAACGCGGCAUGUUUGAGUUGAUGAAAGUAUGCUAAGU